UCAAAGAUGGCGGGCGCCUCCGACCCUCUGGAAGAUAUGCUCUUCUCCGAGGUGGACGAAAAAGCUGUUAGCGACUUGGUGGGCUCACUAGAGUCGCAGCUUGUCGGCCAAAGCAAUCCAGCAGCUCCCCAUACAGAAACCAGGAGUGCUGGGUCUACAGGCGCUGCCAAUCACCACUUAGGAAGAAUGCUACCUGCCCAAGUGGGCACUGUACUAGAGCAGCAACAACAAGGACAACAUAAAGCAGGGCUAAAUCAGGAGCCCAACUCAAAAGAAACUAACUCCGAUAAGAUACCGUCUUCACUUAGUUCAAUUUCUCCGUACGAAGAAGCUUCCAUCACUUCUGCGGUCGGGGUAAACGCCAACAGCGGCUUGCAAUCACAUGGAGCAUCUAAUACCACAACACUGUCUGCAUCUGGUCUGGUAACUUUGCCACCUCCGCUAGUAAGCAUCAACGCUACCAACAGAGGUACUGUUUUGGGUUCAGGUGGGUCCGCAAGCGUAACGACAGAGACCGAUUCUCUAAAAAAUCACAUCACUUCUACCAUUAGGACUACUCCAACAGGAAUACAGAGUUUGAACGGUAACAGCGGAGCGGUAACGUUAGUGAACUCUCAUUCAAAUAGUGCUGCUACUACCGAUGUUGCGGGAUUCCAAACUGGAGGUGGAACAGUCUCUUUGGUCAAUAACGUUAACACGGUUGUUAGCGGUGCCAGGUCAGUUAACUCUAAUAUAGCUACGGCAUCUUGUGCAAAUACGACCACUUUAGGCGCAGCCGAUUUUCCUCCAUCUCAAUCUGCGAAUACUCUGGACGGUGGAGCGACUCCUACUAUAGCCCUACAAAGACUUCCGAGUCACAUCAUGGCAAACAUUUCACAGAAUGGGAAUGGUACAACAGUCUCAACAUCGGUCCAACAGGACGCUCGGACAGGUCCCCCUGUUACCGCAGUUACUCAGCUUGCUAACCACAACAAGAGUGCAGAUGCCAGCAAUCCAAAGUCAGACUGCCCCGUCCAGACAAAGAUUAUCAUGUCGACUCAGCCUGGUCCUGUCGGUUCAACAAGCGUCACAUCUCCCGCUACAGUUGUUAACCCUACAACCAGCCAGCAGCCGGGUUCUGUCGCCAAUUCGGUGCCUGCAGCCAGCACUCCCGCAACCCUCACUGCGGUGACGAAACCGACGAUGAAUAUUGUGGGACAGCCGACAGUCACAACUGUCAGUAUAAGACCCGGGACUCCUUCACCUUCUCCUACCGUGGUCACAGCUACGCAGCCUCAACAACUUCGCCCUGGGAUGGCUGCGACUCAGAGGAUUGUGACUCCACAACUGAUUGUAAGACCACCUCAACAGCAGACCACCAUUCAGCUUCCGCCUGGAUUUACCAUACCACAGGGCAUGGUUCUGGUGCGCACUGAGAUGGGGCAGCUGGUGAUGGUCCCGCAGCAGGCUCUGGCACAGGCGCAGGCACAGGCCCAGGCGCAGGCUCAGAGUCAGGGCCAGAACAGCAUCUCUCCACGGCCUGCCACCCCCACCACUGGGGCCACCUUCAGAGUGACCACCGCACAGCCUCCCAUCACCUCCCAGGCCAUCAUCCGCCCCGGACCCCCGGUCCAGGCCAAGAUGGUGCAGCCCCCCGCUCCCGCUGGCAGCCCCGCCCUUCAGGUCUCCAUGGCUACAGCCCCGCCCAAGGCGACAGUGACAGGGGGCCCCCUGGCCCCUGCAGCGGUGGUCACGGCCCCCCAGCAGUCGCCUGUGGCAAUGGCGGGCGGACAGAGCGGCCCUCAGGCGGGGCCCCAGCCUGCCCUGCAGCCCCAGAGCGCCACGCCCGUCAUCUCUGCGCCCCCCGCCCCCGGAGCCUCCGUCAUCUCCCAGGAGAUGCAGGAAAACGUGAAGAAAUGCAAGAACUUCUUGGCCACGUUGAUAAAGCUGGCUUCCCACAACUCGCCCUCCCCAGAAACGUCCCGAAAUGUGAAGGCGCUCGUCCAGGACCUGCUGGACGCUAAGAUUGAACCCGAGGAGUUCACCAACCGCCUGCAGUCGGAGCUGAAGUCGUCUCCCCAGCCCUACCUGGUCCCCUUCCUCAAGAAGAGCCUGCCUGCCCUGCGGCUGUCUCUGCUGAACAGCCAGCAGUCCCUGACCCAUCCCCUGCAGCAGCCCAAACCCGCCCCGGGCGCUCCCCUGGCCUCCGCUGGGGCCGUGCCCGCCAUCGUCGCCGGGCCAACCGUCCGCGUGCGCCACCCCAACAGCGUCAGCGCGCCGGCGUCCAGCGGCCUGCCAGUGGGCGCUCACGCACACUCCGCCGCCCUGGGUGUGAAGAGGGCCGGCGUCCAGGCGGGCCAGGUUCGAGUGCCCAUGGUGAUCACACAGACCAUCCGAGCACCAGGCGCUGUUGGAAAGGGACCAACAAUACAAGCAACCAGAAGUCCCAUGGGCUUCGCUGUUCAGGUCUCCGCAAAUCAGAAAAACAAGCUGAACGACCCUGGAGGCGGUUCUUUCAGGGACGAUGAUGACAUCAACGAUGUGGCGUCCAUGGCCGGGGUGAACCUGAAUGAGGAGAGUGCCCGUAUCCUGGCCACCAACUCUGACCUGGUGGGCACCCAGAUCCGGUCCUGCAAGGACGAGACCUUCCUGCCAACAGGGCAGCUCCACAAACGCAUCCUGGAGACCGCAAAGAAGUUUGGAGUGGCGGAGGUUCCUAUGGAGACCGUCAGUUACAUCUCCCAUGCUGCCCAGACCCGGCUGCGGUCGGUGCUGGAGAAAGUGUCCAUGAUCGCACAGCACAGGACGGAAACGUGCAAAGACGGCGAACGGUACGAGCAGUCCACCGACGUGCGCUCUCAGCUCAAGUUCUUCGAGCAGCUGGAGAGGAUGGAGAAGCAGAGGAAGGACGAGCAGGAGAGGGAGAUCCUGCUGAAGGCUGCUAAAAGCCGUUCCCGCCAGGAGGACCCCGAGCAGGCCAGACUCAAACAGAAAGCUAAGGAGAUGCAGCAGCAGGAGCUUGCUCAGAUGCGACAGCGCGACGCCAAUCUGACGGCGUUAGCGGCCAUUGGGCCGCGGAAGAAACGCAAGCUGGACUCGCCAGGGGCCACAUCUGCAGGGGCUGAGAUUUCGGGGAGCUCUGCGGACUCCCCCGCCGGCACCUCCUCGCCCUCCGGCUCCUCCCGGCAGUACCCCCGGCACCGCAUCACACGCGUCAACCUCAGGGACUUCAUCUUCUACAUGGAGCAGGAGCGCGAGACGACCCACUCCCUCCUACUCUACCGGGCCCUGCUCAAGUAGGGCCGCUCCUCCGCGCUCCUCCCUCUCUCCUGCAAAUGUGCCUUCCAUCGGGUUAUGUCGCUUUGUCUCAGCGCCUCGGCUGUGACCUCCCCAGUUAUUUUAUCGAGAGAAAAAAAACAAACAAACAAACGAGCGAAGGAGAAAGACGGGACGGAAACGCAAACGGAUGUUUCCCGUCUACGUGCAGUUAUCGCUCCGGAGCGGUGACGAGAGGGGGGGGGAAAGGAAAGCGUAGAUUCAGGAUGUUAAAGAAGGCCAUGGAAAGGCUGGGUUUCAGUCAUACAUGUUAACCGUGUGUUUGCGUUAGUGUUUGAGAACUUUCACACGUCUGGCUACCCAAAUAUUUCAUGCCUAUCGAUGGGCGAUUUUACUGAAUGAACUAUCCCAAAGCGAUGGAUUAUUGAUUGUAUAUAUUUUUUAAAGCAAUAUAUUCCAAAUAUUAUAACAGCCUACAGUGUUGAUUAGGAGUGUGUCAAGUUUGGGUCAUUGCAUUUCAGGAAAAAUAAGUAUUUAAAGUUUUGGAAACUUGUCAACUAGCCUAUCUGUAUUUUAUAUUUUUGGAACAAUGCAUUGUUUAGAAUUAAGUGGAACAACAGUAUAACACAGGCACUGAACACAAUUAAAUGUAAAUAGUCAUUUUCUUAAUGGGUUUGAAGAGCAUGUAAAACUUUUAACACCAUCAAUAUUUUAGCAUCAAAGUAAUAUUUAAAAGUUCAUGUGUGAAUAUAAAUUAGUCUGCUGUUAUGAAAAAAUCAUGUAAGAUUAUAAUUUUUAGGUAAAAGGUAAAAAAAAAACACUCCUUUAUGUCAUUUGUAAACAUUUUGUUGAUCUAAGGCAGUUUCAUACUGUAGGUCCAUAGACAUUCUUGAGUCUUUUUUUCCCAACAACAAAUUGAAAUGGAACACAGGCGAGUGAUUUAAAUAAUUGACUUUUGUCCCGAAAUCUUGUUUUUAAACCCGUUUUUAUUCGUGAGUGCAGUACUGAUGUUCAGACGCUAGGCUGGAGUUAAUGAUUAUGAUGAUGUUGAUGAAGAUUACAGUUGAUACUGUACGGUCCCCGUCUGACUUCUUUCCCAAACCCUACAUACAGUGCAGUAGAGAGGUUAGCAGUUUAAACGACAGGAGGAUGGUCUGAAAGAAUACCGCUACUCAUACAGAUUCAAUUCGGGAGCUAAGCAGAACUUCCCGCUCAUGGUAUACUCAGAUCUCCAGUGUGAAAGGGAUGGAACCAUUCGUGUGGAGGUCAAGAGUCUGGACUUGUGUUCUUGAUGCUCCCAUUAGACACAAGCUGUGUAUAACAGUGAUUUUGUACAUUUUGCAUUUUUGUCAUUUGGCAGACGCUUUUCAUCCAAAGCGAUUUGCAAGUGAUUUCUGUGGAGUCUUUGUGGUCUUUCCCCAAUCCUUACUUUCAUGGCCUUUUUUUUUUUUCUUUUUUUCUUUUUUUUAAUUGGAGCUUCUAUGCAGGUGCCACAUCUCUGAAGUCUCAUUUAGAAAUGUUUAGUGUAUGGACAGCCUUUCCAGGUUGCUUUUCGAGUUAAUGUGCUUUCAAACUUGCUUUUUUAUUUUUUAAAUGACACCGAUCAUUUUAAAUGCAUAUUAUCACAAUUGAAACCGAAAGAUGUGUUAGUAGUGUACAAGAAACCGGUCUCGUUUCAACAUUAAACAGUAUUGUCUAUAGCAGUUAAAGGGAAACAUGUUUUGUAACUAUUUAUAUAUAUAAUAUUACUUUUUUGCAAUUGCAUUUAAGCUUGCUAUCAGGCAAUGCAAGUUUUACUCCACACAGUACUGCAGCAGAAGAAAGGAAAUAUACAAAAUAAUUUAAAAGAAGCACAAAUAGACCUGUUUAUCCACUGAUUUAAGACAAUAAUUUUAAUAAUUAUUUUUAUGGUUUCUGAUAAAUAAGGUGAAGGACAUUUCUAUUCCUCCAGCUUUUUAGCCAAAAGAUUAUUAGGGAGGUAUUACUGAUAUACACAGACAGAAAUUGUGUUUUAAUGUAUGGAUAAUUUGUACAUAUUGUUUACAGAGACCAUGUGUUUAUUAGAACUGUUAUUUUUGGUAAAAUGUACAUAUUCUGAAAUUUUCUUGUUUGUGUGAAAAGCAUACUUCUGUAUUUGUACCUAUUUUGUAAAGGAAUAAAGACGCGGUUUACUAAA